AUGUGCCUUUUAUGCAACAAAGUUUUGGGCAAUGACGCUAUGAAACCAUCUAAACUGCAAGAUCAUUUGAGAAGAUGCCACCCUGACAAAACAGAGAAAGAUUUGAAAUACUUUCAAACACUCAAAGAUAAAUUUCAGAAGAGACCUACACUGGACAGAAUGUUCGCUUCGACGUCACAAAGAAAUGAUGAUGCAAAAUCCGGAAAACCGCAUACUAUCGGAGAGAAGUUAAUUUUGCCAGCCGUUGAAGAGGUUUUAAAAACUGUUUUACAGAAACCUGCAUCUGAUAUCAUUAAAAGAAUUCCCUUAAGCAAUAAUACUGUUGAAAGACGUAUUGAUGAAAUGAGUUCUGAUAUUGAAAGCUUCUUAUGUAAUUAUUUGCAAACGACCCAUUUCUCUAUACAACUGGACGAGUCAACUUUACCUGAUAAUGCAGCAUUAUUAUUGGCAUAG